UGUUGAACAUGUAAUCUGGUAAGCUGCAUCCUUUUGCAUGCACAAGAUGGCGAAGUCCCAUGCAAUUCCUACGGUCCCUUCCAUAGUUUCCAUGUUACUACUAUUGGGUAUCCUCAUGGCUACCAUUACCACAACAGGUGCCCAGAUUGGUGUUUGUUAUGGAACUGUUGCAAACAACCUGCCAUCCGCACGAGAUGUAAUAGCAAUGUACAAGCAAUAUAACAUCAGAAGGAUGCGUCUUUAUGGUCCUAACCGUGACGCUCUUGAAGCUCUUAGGACCUCCAACAUCGAACUCAUGCUUGGUGUCGAAAACGAACGCCUUCAGGAUAUUGCUUCUAAUCAAGCCAGUGCUGAUAACUGGGUACGUCAAAACGUCGCAAAUUAUGGAAAUGUCAACUUCAAAUACAUAGCAGUUGGGAAUGAAAUAGAAUCAGGUCCAAUAUCACAGUACGUUGGCCCUGCCAUGGAAAGAAUUCAGACUGCAAUUACUAAGGUUGGUUUUGCAAACAGAAUUAAAGUGUCUACGGCCGUUCAUCCUGUAAUCCUCCAAAACUCGUACCCUCCGUCACAAGGAUCAUUUAAGCAAAGCUAUCGAGCAUUUAUGGAUCCAGUCAUACGUUUUCUAGUGCGACAUAACUCUCCAUUGCUUCUAAAUGUCUACCCCUACUUCACUUACAUUUAUAACCGACAAAGUGUUAACCUUCAAUAUGCUCUUUUUCAAUAUCCGUCGGUUAUGGUUCAAGAUGGACAAUAUGGCUAUCGAAACCUGUUUGAUGCAGAGCUUGAUGCACAUUACGCUGCUUUAGAGAAGGCCGGUGGUGGUUCUGUGAGAAUUGUUGUAUCGGAGACUGGUUGGCCCUCCGCCGGUAAUGAUGGUUCAGUGACAAAUAGGGAUAAUGCGAGAAUUUACAACCAAAAUGUGAUUAAGCAUGUUAAGGGCGGAACACCAAGGAGAGGAGGUCCGAUAGAAACCUACUUAUUCGCCAUGUUCAAUGAGAAUCUUAAAAAUGGAGACCCCACUGAGAAGAAUUUCGGCCUCUUUUACCCAAACAAAAGUCCUGUUUAUCCCAUCAAUUUCAACUAAGGAUUGUAUAAGCACUUCGUUUGUGUAGCGAUGCAUAAGCAUAGAUAAAAUCUAGGUAUUGCUUGUAAUCCUAGUUAAGAAAUAAUGUUAGUACGGAAUAUGGUCAAAAUAAUGAACUUUGA